GUUUGUUGUCAUGACAGAAAGUGAGUUGUCUUUUAUACUUGUUAUACUUAUUUUUCCAACUUGUUGUUCAGAUGUUAGACGCAAGUCGAGAGAAAGAAAGUCUGGUAAUACAGACUUGGAUGAGGAGUUGUUAUAUCAUAGCUCGAGUCCUGAUCAAACAUCUAGAAUAUCUGGGGGAGUGAAUAGACGCUCAAAGAUGGAUCGAAGCCACAGCAAGUUAGGUAACAGUAAUUUGUGUCUUCAAGAUGAGGUUGAAGUGGAGGAUUAUAUGCACGAUGACAACGUAAAGGAUGUUGAAAUGAGUGCUGGUUUUCCAGCAGAUGUAUUGGAUUCGGUUUUCAAAUUGUAUGUUACUCACUGUGAACCCAAUUAUUCUUUGCCUUGGCAGAAGAGGCGACAAACCUAUAGUACAAGCACUGCAUUCGCGGUCGGGAAUCGACGUAUUUUAACCAAUGCCCAUUGUGUUGAACACUCAACAGUAGUGAAGAUAAAGAAACGAGGAAGUGAGAAGAAAUAUAUGGCCCAAGUAGUUUCGAUUGGCAAUGAUUGUGAUAUAGCUUUACUUUCCGUGGAAGAUGAAUCUUUUUGGGAAGGUGUAGAAUGUCUAUCUUCUGGUCGUUUACCCUAUCUUCAGGAGGCUGUUACUGUGGUAGGAUACCCCAUUGGUGGAGAAAAUAUAUCUGUGACCGCAGGAGUCGUAAGUAGAGUAGAACUGCAACAAUAUUCUCACGGCGCAAUCGAUUUACUCGGAGUUCAAAUAGACGCAGCAAUCAAUCCUGGAAAUAGUGGUGGACCAGCGUUCAAUAGUCGCUUUGAAUGUGUAGGAAUCGCUUUUCAAUCUUUGCUCACUACAGAGGCAGAAAACAUUGGUUACAUUAUUCCUUGGCUAGUAGUUCAACAUUUCCUCGAUGACUUUGACAGAAAUGGCUAUUAUACUGGAUUUUGUUAUUGUGGUUUUGAGUUUCAGAGAAUGGAGAACGAGUAUCUUAGAAAAAGCUUUCAUUUAAGUGAUGAAAGUGGAGGUGUUCUGAUAAAAAGGGUGGGUGAGCAUGAAAUAUUUUUCAUGAAACUAAUAAUAGCACAGAUAGCGCCAACAUCUCCUUGUAGUAAAGUACUUCAAAAAGGUGACGUCAUUACACAUUUUGAUGGAGUACCUAUUGCAAAUGAUGGAACAGUCUCUUAUCGUGGUGGUGAGAGAAUCAACUUUCAUUAUCUUAUUACUCUCAAGUUUGUUGGAGAAUCCUGUACGGUUCGUAUCGUUCGAAAUGGCAAUAUCAUGGAAGUUUCCUAUCCUUUGUUUGAGCUUCCUUUGUUAGUACCGAUACAUGAAAAAAGGCCAGUUCCUGAGUACUUAACUGUUGCAGGUUUAGUAUUUGUAGCUUUGAGUGAGCCAUAUCUUCGUUCAGAAUACGGCGAAAAGUGGGACUUUGAGGCUCCAGUGAAGUUACUGGACAAGUUGCUAUACGGUUAUAAGAGAACUGCGAAUGAACAAGUGGUUAUUCUGUCGCAGGUAUUGAAUGCAAGAAUCAAUGUGGGAUAUGAAUGCCUAACAAAUACAGAGCUAUUGCACUUUAAUGGCACUCGAGUGGAAAAUUUAUGUCACCUUGCCAAUUUGAUAGAUGAGACUAGUGAAGAAUUUCUUCGAUUUGAUUUGGAAUUCGAUGAAGUUAUUGUUAUAGAAAAACAAGCAGCACUGGAACAGAGUUCGCAAAUUUUAGUUCAGCAUGGCAUUCCAACACCGCGUUCAUUAUCACACUCUAUAUAGAUAGCAGGUUCAUUUAGAAUAAAAGGCUAUUUUAUAGC